AUGAAACUCAAUGAACUGCCUGGUCAGGUCACAGAAUCCAAACCUUCGACUCCUGUGGGCCCGAUCGUCGGAGGCGUGUUAGGUGCUGUUGCCGUGAUUGCGGUAGGUGUGUUUUGUUUAUGGGUUUUCUGCGUCAAGCCGCGAAGGCGCAAAGACACGUGGGAUCCGCCAGAGAAAAGAGAUCAAUCGAACCUGGCCAGAGACGGUAGCCGGACACAUUCUAUUGCUUCCACGGUCCUUACCAGAGCAUCAAACGUCAUCCAGAUUGCAUAUAUACCAGGCGUCACAGGUCGCUCACCACCUGUUUCUCCUGGAGUACCACCGCCAAUGCCGACUAUCGCUGGAACGGCGAACAGCACCCCACAACCUGACACCCACUUCUUCAUGGCCGAUGAUCUACGUAACUCAACUUGGUCGGACACUUCUGUCGAUCCUCGGAUCAGUCUUGCUCCAAGUCUAGCGAGGGCCAGCAGCGGUACUACUGUCUAUUAUGAGAACGCUGUUAUGCCUCCGAUCCCAGCUCAGCACGCUAUGCGUGCACAAGCAAACAUGGUAAACGUCAAACAGAUUGGAAUUCCAAACACGAGCACAACGGUGACACCAACCAGGCCUUCACCGCUCUCAGGUGGUGGGUCAAAAGCUAUCAACAUCAACAACAGCUCAAUUGUGGCCCGCAAUGUUACUGCGCGACCGAUCGAAGUCAAGAAGACCGCUUCAGGAAACCGGGUUCCGACUCUUGGUAACCUAGUAAAGGCGAACUCACAAAGGUCAGCAACCGCUGUAAACACUGCAAGAACUGAACCCAUCCUGGACGAAAAGGAGGUCGUUUUCAGUCCUGUCACUGAUAUCGAUGAUUCUCCCACCUCGCCGCUUGCACCUUUGAGAGCAAGGCAGUCAGAUAUGAGCUUGGGUGGAAUGGAUGCAUCCGGGACCAGCGCUUUGUUACCACCUGAUGGUCCCCUAGGACCGCAGAGACCUGAUAGUGGCGGCCUCACAGCUAUGAUUGAAGACGCAAUCAAGAGCGCCUCCGCCGACACCAGGAGAUCACCUCGGCCUGGCGCCGCAAGGAACGAUUCUGGGCCAUUUUCCGAUAUUCAUGAGCUCCCAAGUAGUGGCUCGCCAUGA